GAGGUGGUUGAUAUAGCGGAUAAGUACUACCCCAAGCAAGCUAAAUAGUUGUUGAUUCAGGUACAACCCCUUCCCGGUAGCUGCUACCCUGAUCCGUUAGAAUCUCAGUUGAAAUCUAGAUGUCGUCGUGAGUGUACCUACUUCUCACCAUUGUUUGUGUAGCGUUACGUUUUAACUGUGAAUACUGCCUGUGUGGCUGUAAUUAUUGCACAUAAUUUUAAUGGAUUCUGAAAAUUCAGGAUUACCAGAUGGUUCCAACACUACACUAGUUACUCGGAAAUCUUUAUUCGAUAGGAUGCAACAACAAGACCUACCUAAUUUCAACAAAAAAUUAGAAUAUCUCGUAAACGACCUUUUAUUGUGUAACGAUUAUUCCGAUGAAGAAAUUAAAGAGAUAAAGCAUACAUUUUCAUAUUUGAAAUCUGAGUUUAAGCAAAGGUGGAUAAGAGCACAUAAAAAAGAGGAUGUGUUCUUGAAAAAUAAUGACAAAUGGUUACAAGGACAUUUCUCAAUCCCUAAAGGUAAGCAGGAGCGUUCUGGUCGACCGCAAAAAACAUUUUUUGAAUCUUCUGAGAGAACCAAACGUAGAAAAACAAAAUCAAAUCGAAGUGCGAUGAAUACAGAUGUAUUGGUGCAUGCAGCUCAGACAUAA